AUGGCACCGAACUUCUCGCGCCCUCCUGGGUAUCCGCCUCAUCAUCAUCCCAGCAUCUAUGGUGGCCACACUUAUUGGUCUGGCAAUUACAAAGAUAGAAAUGAUGCUUUGUGUGGCUCGGCCAAUUCUAUCGCCACAAAUACACCAAACUCAACCAGAAUCUCAAAUGGGGCUAUUGCAGAUGUCAAGAUCGUGCCAGAAAGCCAAGAAGACGCAAAAUCAAAAGAGAUCAGCUCCUUGAUGAACCCUUUGAGGAAUCUUUCUACAUUGCCUCAUGCGAGUACUAUGAAAUCCGAAGGGAAAGCACCACAGCUUCUCCAGAGUAUUGCAGACCAUGAGAACAAGGUAGCACAGCUUUUUAAGAAGGUUGCCGAACGGGACGAUAUGAUAUCAGAACGCGACGAAAAGAUUGCCAAACGCGAUGAGAAGAUUGCCAAAUUCCUGGAAAGGACUGCAGAGCAGGAUAAGACAAUUGCAGAGCUUAAGGAUGUGAUUGUGGGACAACAAGAGACGUUUGAAAGACUUGCCAUUAGCUCGGGAAAUGAUAAACAGAUGAUAAGGGACCUCACUGAGAAAGGCAGCGUUCUUGACAAGGAAGUCGCAGAUCUCAAUGAGCAGCUCGCAGAACGCCAUGAAGCAAUCACACAACUUACCACUGGGACUUUACAACGUGAUCAGAAAAUUAUGAUGAGCAACAACAGAGCCGACGCACUUUGGAGAAGAAUUAGAUCCCUGGAGCGGGAUAUUUCUGAUCGUGAUCAGAAGACUACUAGUCUCAACAAAGAAGUCGCAGAGCUUUCCAAAACCAUCGCGAAACAUUCCAAGAAAAUCACUAACCAAGCCGGGGAAAUCAAAAACCUCCUUCAGCGGGUCAGAGAACGAGAUAAUCAAAUUGCGGCAUUGCAGCGCUCCCGCGUCCCUGGUGGAUAUAGUGGCUCUCACAGCGAAGCCUUCUGGUUAUAA